AUGGUGGUGUUCCUGGUGGUGGGAUUAGUGCUGUUGCCUCUGGCAAUGUGUGAGGUUCCUCUUUUUAAAUGCCCCAUCAGAGAUCCUCUUCCUAUCAUUCACAAAUACUUUAAAUCAGGAGACCUCAUCAUUGCUGCCAUUAUGUCCCAAAUCUACACGUUUUGCAAUCCAAUAACAUUUGAAAAUUAUCCCUCUGAGGAACUGUUCGAUGACCUUUUCCAUUUCAAUCCAAGUAGGACCUAUCUUGCCUCAAUGGAACUUCUCUCCACACAGGGCAGAUUCAUUCCCAACUACAAGUGUGAUGCCCAGAACAGUCCAGUUGCAGUCAUCACAGGACCAAACUCUAACAUCUGUCUCCACACAGCAGCCAUUCUAUGCAUCUACAAAAUCCCACUGAUCUCUUAUGGCUCUGCACCAAGGAUGGACAGCAAAACACAAUCCGUUUUCUUCCACCAGAUGUUCCCAAAUCAGGCCCAUCAAUAUAUGGGGAUUCUCCACAUGUUGCUGUAUUUCGGGUGGACGUGGAUUGGGGUGAUAUCUCUGAAUGAUGAGACCGGAGAAAGAUUUGUACAGGACUUUAUUCCUAUGCUAUCCCAAAACGGCAUCUGCUUUGACUUCAUAGUCACAAUGCCAGCAAUAGCAUUUUCCAGUGAAAUUAUUAAAGCAAUGGCUGAAGGGGUUGAAACAUACAAAAUUGUUAUGGGAAGCACUGCCAAGGUUUUGGUCCUACAUGGUGAAAUUCAGACCAUGAUAAUUAUAAGAUUGUUCAUCCAACUUCCAGAAGGUGAGGAUAUAUCAGUGAAGGCAACAGGGAAAAUCUUGAUAUUGACAGCUCAGAUGGACUUCACCUCACUACCACUUCAAAGAAAUUGGGACAUCAGUUUUAUCCAUGGAGCCAUAUCCAUUGCAAUUCACUCCAUGGAGCUCUCGGGAUUCCAGAAAUUUCUUCAGGAGAAAAAUCUCACCUCUGAAAAAGAAGAUGGCUUCAUCAGACAAUUCUGGCAACAGGCAUUUGUUUGUUCAUUCUCCGACUCCACAGUAGAGAAGGGAGAAACGUGCACUGGGGAGGAGAAACUGAAGGAUCUUCCCGGAUCUGUUUUUGAAACAAUCACAACUGCCCACAGCUACAGCAUCUACAAUGGACUUUAUGCUGUGGCGCAUGCUUUGCAUGCCAUGCAUUCCUCCAGAUUUAAACAUAGAGUAACAGUGAACAGCAGGCAAUGGAAUCUUCCAGAUCAAGAGUGGUGGCAGCUUCACCAUUUUCUGAAAAGUGUUUCCUUCAACAACAGCGCUGGGGAAAGGAUUUUGUUUGACCAAAAUGGGGAAUUAGUAACUGAAUUUGAUAUUGUCAAUUGGGUCACAUUCCCAAACCAGUCCUUUCUUAGAGUCAAAGUUGGAAAGAUGGACUCAAAGGCUCCCCCAGACAAAAUGGUCAUCAUUCGUGACAAUGCCGUUGCAUGGCCUGCUGCGUUCAACCAGGUGCAGCCUCUUUCUGUUUGCAAUGAGAAUUGUACUGCUGGUUAUAGCAGGAGAAAGAAGGAAGGAAAGCCUUUUUGCUGCUAUGAUUGCCUUGCAUGUCCACCAGGGAAGAUUUCAAAUGAAAAAGACAUGAAUGAAUGUUCUCAGUGUCCUGCAGGUCAGUAUCCCAACAAAGACCAGAAUUUAUGCCUGCCAAAAGAUAUAAGCUUUUUGUCUUACGGAGAAGCUCUGGGGAUCAGCUUGGCCACUGUUGCUCUUUCCUUCUCUUUCAUCACAGCUUUGGUGCUCGGGGUUUUUAUUAAGCACCGGGGCACUCCCAUAGUCAAAGCCAACAACAGGGAUAUCACCUACACUCUGCUCAUCUCCCUCAUGCUCUCCUUCCUUUCUGCAUUGCUGUUCAUUGGCCAGCCUGAGAAGUGGACCUGUCUCCUUCGACAAACGGCUGUUGGCAUCAUCUUCUCAGUGGCUGUUUCUUGUGUAUUAGCCAAAACCGUGACUGUGGUUCUGGCUUUCAUGGCCACGAAGCCAGAAUCCAGAAUGAGGAGAUGGGUAGGGAAAAAACUGUCCAGUUUCAUGGUCCUUUCAUGUUCCCUUUUACAAGCUACUAUUUGUACUGUGUGGCUUGCAACUUCACCCCCAUUCCCAGAUUUUGACAUGCAUUCAGUGACUGAGACAAUUGUUCUUGAGUGCAACGAAGGGUCAGUCACCAUGUUUUACUGUGUCCUGGGGUUUUUGGGCUUCCUGGCCACCAUCAGCUUCAUUGUGGCUUUUCUAGCCAGGAAGUUACCCGACAGUUUCAAUGAAGCCAAGUUCAUCACCUUCAGCAUGUUGGUCUUUUGCAGUGUGUGGGUCUCCUUCAUUCCAACCUACUUGAGCACCAAGGGAAAAUCCAUGGUGGCUGUGGAGAUCUUCUGCAUCUUAGCCUCCAGUGCUGGGCUACUGGGCUGCAUCUUUUUCCCGAAAUGCUACAUCAUUUUACUGAGACCUGAGCUAAACAAUAAAGGACAGCUAAUAAAAACAAAGAAUUAA